AGAGUAGAGGGAUAUCAUACACGAUAAAGGAAUAGCCGCCAACGAUGCCAUUCCUUCUCUGCCUCUCUCUCAAGUCUCUUCCUGCCAAUAUUGACAUUCUCCUUCACUGAUAUGAUAUCCCUCUCUUCCAUUGACUUUCCAUUAGUCUAAGCUUGCUAUAUAUUUUAUAUAUAUAGAAAUAUAGACAGACAGAGAGAAAGCUCUGCGUUUCUCAGCCUUGAACCCUUCCUUCAAAGUUCAAUGGCCAAAAGUGCAACUUAUUUGUUAAUCAUAUCAGUUUUCCACUGUUGCUUUCUGUUAUCUCUAUCUCAAGCAAAAGACACCCUUAAACCAGGAGAGGACCUCAGAGAGGCUAAGACCUUAGUUUCUUCAAAUGGGGUCUUUGAAUUAGGCUUCUUCAGCUCCAGCAGCUCCUCCUCAAGCAACCACUACUUGGGAAUUUGGUUCAAGAACGACCCAAACAAGAAGCCUGUCUGGGUUGCAAACCGUGAAAAUCCCAUUUUAGACUCUUCUGGAGUCCUCUCUAUAAGAUACGAUGGAAAUUUAGUGAUUGUUGACAGAAGGCAGAUUCCCAUAAUUGUCAACUCCGGAAUGCUUGCCACAACUACAAACACAAGCUCAACACUUCUUGAUUCUGGUAACCUUCGUCUUGAAGAUGGAGAUAACACUGUUUGGCAGAGUUUUGAUUAUCCAUCUGACACAUUGUUGCCCGGAAUGAGACUUGGAUGGUUCAACUUAGGCACACAACAUUUGAGAAAACAGUUUCUUGUCUCAUGGCAAAGUCUGUCUGUUCCCGCCACAGGCUCUUUUGCUCUUGGUCUUGAUUCAAAUAAUAGAACACAAGUAAAGGUUUGGCAUAGGAAUGGGGUUUCGCGGCAAACUGCGUUUUGGGAUGGCCAGAAGUUGAAAUUUAUGAUUGAGAGUUUAUCAGAGGACUACAAUUUUAGCUAUGUGUCAAAACCAGAUGAGGUUUACAUUACUUUUAAUACUAGAGAGAAUUAUACUUCUUCAUGGUUUGUGAUGUCCUCAACUGGGCAAAUUCAGGAGUACAAAAUGUUGGGACAAAAGAUUUUAAUGGUGAAUCGUUCAAUUUGUGAAAAUACUACAAUAAGCGAUGCCACUGAUUGUUACAUAGUGAGGCCGUCCUUGUGCCAAGAUGGAGAUAAAUUCUCUGAAAUCAAGGGGUCCAUGCCAAAUUCAAUAGUUAUAAGUGAUUCAGCUCAUUUGGGUCCUAGUGACUGUGAGAUAUUGUGCAGGGGAAAUUGUUCUUGUACUGCGUUUGCUUCUUUUCGUGACGAUGGUACAGGAUGUGAAUUUUAUUAUGGCGACAAAAGAGCUCUUUUGGGAAUCAUUGGUGUAGGGAAGUCCAUAAUAUAUGUUCGUGGGGAUAUUUUACCAAAACCUGGUGAGACAGGUACUGCUUUAGAAUCUGGUGAACAGAACAGCAGGAGGCUGAGGUUGCUAGUCAUAAUUCCAGUUGUUUCUUUACUAGUACCUAUUAUAGUUGCCUUAAUUUGUUACAUACAAUGGAGAAAGCAAGGUUGUAGAGGAGGGAAGGGGAACGAAGACAGCAUGAGAAGAAGUCUGGAACGGUUCCUGUUUCAAAUUGGCUCUAAUGUAGCAGAAUUUGACGAAGAUAAACCUGAAGACAGAUAUAAUCGAAAGAAGGAUCAUGAACUGCCACUACUCAGUUUUUCUUGCAUGGCAACAGCUACAAAUAACUUCUCUGAUGAAAACAAGCUUGGUGAGGGUGGUUUUGGGCCUGUUUACAAGGGUGUGUUGCUAGGGCAUGAAAUUGCUGUGAAAAGACUUUCUAAAAGGUCAGGACAAGGAUUGGAGGAGUUCAAAAAUGAGGUUCAGUUGAUCUCAAAGCUCCAACACAGGAAUCUUGUUAGACUUUUGGGUUGUUGCAUUGAAAAAGAAGAAAAGAUUUUGAUCUAUGAGUACAUGGCCAACAACAGCUUGGAUUCCUUCCUUUUUGAUCCUUCAAAGAAAAUAUUAUUGGAUUGGAAGAAUCGUGUUUUUAUUAUUGAAGGGAUAGCUCAAGGGCUUCUUUAUCUUCACAAGUACUCAAGAUUUAGGAUCAUUCAUCGUGAUUUAAAGACCAGCAAUAUAUUGUUGGAUCCUCAUAUGAAUCCCAAAAUAUCAGACUUUGGCAUAGCAAGGAUUUUUGGAGAGGAUGAAGUUCGGGCAAAAACAAAUAGGGUUGUCGGGACAUAUGGUUAUAUGUCUCCUGAGUAUGUUGUGCAUGGUCAUUUCUCUACAAAAUCUGAUGUGUUUAGUUUUGGAGUCAUUAUACUGGAGAUCAUUAGUGGCAGGAAAAAUGUAACCUUUCGCCAUUCAGAUAGGUCUUUGAACCUACUAGGAUAUGCUUGGGAUUUGUGGAAAGAAGGAAAAGGCUCGGAGUUGAUGGAUCCAACAUUAUCUAACUCAUGUUCGAUAAGCCAAUUUAUGCUAUGCAUUCAGAUUGGUCUCUUGUGUGUGCAAGCGCAUCCAGAAGAUAGACCUACCGUGUCAGAUAUGAUUUCUAUGCUAAGCAAUGAUAUUACAAAUUUGCCUGCUCCCAAAGAACCAGCAUUUUCCACUCAUACAAGUUAUUCAAAUUUACCUAGUCCACAAUAUACUUUGAAUGAUGCUACAUUUUCAGGCAUAGAAGCUCGAUGAUAGUUAACAAGUAAUAACUUUCCUGAAUUGUUAAUUCUUUGAGAUCAAGGGUCUCUGAAAUGAAAUUGUUUGAGUCUGAGUAUGAAUUA